UGUAAUGCCACGGUGCUCUGCGCCAAAGAUCGGUGUGACCAUCUCGACUGCCAUGGCGGCCCUUUCCUCGUGGCCUUGGUGGGCUCUGUGGAGGAAGGAGGCAUUGCCCUCGCCACUGUCUACUCGUCGGAGGCUCGUCAGUGGAGCCACAUGAUCUCUGUUCAGAGUCCUGGUUUGCUCACCGAUGACGGAGGGCACACUGCUGUGGUGGGAGAUAAGGUCUAUGUCCCCAGUUAUGAGUGUGACAGUGUCGUGGAGUUCAACAUUCGUGAGCAACAACUAUCUGUUAUCAAUGUGCCAGAGAACCUGGGCCAGGGAUUCCUUUACCUCAUCGGUGUGGAGGACGGCAUGCUGCUGUUUGCGUCCGUGCUCAAGCCUAGACUCUAUCUAUUGUCAAUGGAGGCUGGUCCUAGAGGAGCUGCGGCAUGGGCACGACGCAGGGUCGUCGAGCUCGAGCCAUUGCUCCCUCCCCGUGCCCUCUUGGACAUGUCGGAGUCGAACAUCUGGGCGGUUGGUUUUGCGGAAGGGGUUAGCGUCAUCUUCCUCAGAACACCGGCUGGGUGUUACGCAAUUGACCUUAAUUCAGGCCGAGCCAACAAGGUGGGUGAAUUUAGCAUUGAAAAGGUCAUGCCCUACGCGAGGUUCUGCACUGGAGGUACAUACAGACUAGCCAACAAGGUGCAUGAUGAACAGGGCAUUGAAAAGGUCAUCACCCCCAUGGCGAUGCCGCUGAGUCCGCCGGCGCUGGUUGACGACGCCAUGCGCGCGGUCUUCAUGCGCCUGCCGGCGGACGACCCCAGGAGCCUCAUCCGCGCCGCCGCCGUCUGCAGGGGCUGGCGCGCCAUCCUCUCCGACCCCGGCUUCGCCCGCGGCUACCGCGCUCUCCACGGGGCGCCGCCCAUGCUGGGCUUCCUCCACAACGAAUACCGCAGGGGCAACCGCUUUGUCUCCACCUCGACCUUCCGCCGGCCGGCAUCCCAUGACCACCGGGACUGCCACGUUCUUGAUUCCCGGCACGGCCUCGCCCUCCUCUACGCCCCUGGGUACCAUGCCCCCUUCGAUGUCUGCGACCUCGUCACCGACAACUGGCGGGAGAUCGACGACGACCCCAAGUGCCACGACAUCAUGCACUGGCCGGGCGACGACCCCGACGACUAUUACAACGGCAGCAUACACUGUAAUGCCACGGUGUUCUGCGCCAUAGACCGAUGUGACCACCUCGACUGCCAUGGUGGCCCUUUCCUCGUGGCCCUGGUGGGCUCUGCGGAUGAAGGAAGCAUUACCCUCGCCACUGUCUACUCGUCGGAGACUCAUCAGUGGAGCGACAUGAUCUCCGUUCAGACCCCGGGUCUUCAAAUCGAUACCGGGGGGCGCACUGCUGUGGUGGGAAAUAAUAAGGUAUAUGUCCCCAAUUAUGAGGGUGACAGUGUCGUGGAGUACAACAUUCGUGAGCAACAACUGUCUGUGAUCAAGGCGCCAGAGAUCCUGGACCAGGGAUACCUUGACCUCCUGGGUGUGGAGGAUGGCAUGCUGCUGUUUGCGUCAGUGCGCAAGCCUAGACUCUAUCUAUGGUCAAUGGAGGCUGGUCCUGGAGGAGCUGCGGCAUGGGCACGACGCAGGGUCGUCGAGCUCGAGCCGUUGCUCCCUCCUCAUGCCCUCUUGGACAUGUCGAGCUCGGAUGUGUGGACGGUUGGUUUUGCUGAAGGAGUUAGGGUAAUCUUCCUCAGAACUCCGGCUGGGUUGUACGCAGUUGAGCUUAAUUCAGGCCGAGCCAACAAGAUGGGUGAAUUUAGCAUUGAAAAGGUCAUGCCCUACACGAGGUUCUGCAUUGGAGCAUGGGGCCGGUUGCCGGCCUCUGAUGAAGCCCCACAAGCAGUUGCUGGUGGUACGAUGAUGUAACCAAAUGGCGUCAAGAAAGAUGGUCUCUCUACUUUUGCCUCCCAGAAAGACUUUGAAGAUGAGCUGCCUUCUGCUGCUGGCUGCGUUGGAUGGUUUGGUUAGGGUUAUUUACAAGAACAAGAGCUCUUUGUAUCUGCUACCUCUGUCUUUGUGUCUUCGUGUCGGGGGUCAUCCUCCUUUUCAGAAAAAAAACUUCUGUCUUCGUGUUUUAGGAGUAUGUCAUGCUAUGAAAUUCAAAUUUCAAAUACAGCCCAUGUCUUAACAAAGACAAGCUUGGUUUCGACCAGUGGUAUUAAUGUGGGUGGAUUUACAGCUUAUUAUGAUGAGUAAGCUGCUACUCAAAACUGGAUUGCCUUUGUUUUCACUUGA